UAGACCUCCUCCAAUGGAAGUGGGCUGCCUUUGGGGGCGGAACUUAAGGGGGUGGAGCGGACGGUCCCCUGGUAAGGCGGCUCACCUAGUCGAGGUUGGAAGUUCCCAGGAGUAAGCGUCCCACGUGCAGGAUGGCAGAGCAAAAAAAGAAAAGGAAAUUGAAGAAACUGAUGGCAGGUGAGGGGCCUCUUGCACUGGAGAAGCACCAGAAGAAAAAGAAACUGAAUGCAAAGAUAUCCUCAGACUCUUUGGAUACAGAAGUUUCUCAGGUGAAUGUAACAAGUGAUGAGGAAAAGCAAGAGGAACAGGAACUGACUCCAGAGGAAAGGAGAACCCUGGAAAGAAAACUGAAGAAAGAACGGAAGAAAGAACAAAGGAAGCAGCUUAAAGAAGCAGGAAUUGAUGUUGAGAAAGAAAAAUCUCAAAAACCAUCAGGAGCUGAGUUAGCCUUGGACUAUCUCAUCAGCUGGGCCAAUAACCGUGAAGAAUGGAAGUUUCAGAAGACAAGGCAAACCUGGCUCCUGCUUCACAUGUAUGACAGCAAUAAGGUCCCAGACAAGCAUUUCUCCAUUUUGCUGGACUACCUGGAGGGUCUACAAGGAAGGGCCCGGGAGAUGACGGUGCAGAAAGCCGAGGCGCUCAUGAAGAGCCUGGACGGCGCAGAGCCCGAAGACUCAGGUUUAGCGGAGAAGAGCGAGAGAAUCCGACAAGUCCUCCAGCUGCUGUCCUAAAAGGGCAACGAGCCAGCGUCUCUGUAGCUCCGUCACGGGAGGAAGCCCAGGAAAGAUGGCUCUCCCCAUCUCCCGCACGAGGGUGUGUGCGUGUGUGUGAGUGUGUGUGCAUGUGUGUGUGCAGGUGUGCGUGUGCGAGUGUGUGUGCCUGUGCGCACAAGCAGAGAGUAUUUUUGUAAAAAUAGCAUCUGACCUUCUCCCCAGCAGCUUAUCAGGAAGAAGCAAAGACGGCUUUGUCGUUCAAAUCUAUUCUUUCUUAUUCCAGACACAAGCAUUGGAUGAGUCCGGUGAUCUCUUUAAGGGGUCUGGUUUUGCCUGGGAUACAAGAAGGGUCCUUUUGUAUUUUUUAAUGUCUUCGCAUCCGGGUAUGAUCACCCUGAAAUGAUGUCAAGAUCCAAAUUCUUGGCCUCAGAAGAGCCCCGACAGCCCUAGAAGAGAGUGUGUGUGUGUGCGUGUGUGACAAAGGGAGAGUUUUCAGAAAUGGAUACAGAGCACACAGCCCUUCCCCUGCCAGCUGUAAUCCAUCACUGUCAGCCGCGUAUGCAUAGUUGGGAUCUGUAUGUCCCACAAGGAGAGCAGAACACAUUCUUUGGUAGUAACCUGUGUGAGGUCAGCAAGGGAUCUCAGAGCUGUGGAGUGUCUCUGCUUUUAUCUCCUUCUCCAGCUUUCCACAACACUUGUUGCUUGGUUACGGUGCAAACACCAGAGUGGGGGGGAGGCUAUGCAUCAACUGGAUCAUGUACCUGGAAGGGCAGAAAUGGAACAGGUUGUCCUUAUUUUUAAUAAAAACAAAGCCUGGCCAGUGUGCCAUUAACUCUCA